CGCGUACUCCGUACAUACAAUCAAUCGAUCCAUCCUUCCUUCACUCUCAACACCUCUCAUCAGCCUGCGAAUCUCCAUUUUAUAUACCUCGCAUCUCCGAAAUGUCAUCGUCUUCAUCAUGUCUCCGCCGUUCAAUGUCACUGCGGCCCGCUACCAGGCCUUCUGCCACGCAAACAAUGACAACCCCACCUCUCCCACCUCUCAGAGCCUUGACCAGCGCCCGCGCCAUGACCAGUGGGACACUCUCCAAUCUGACGACACCAUCAUGACACGCACCAAUGACCAUGGGCUGUCAGACCUGGACUCGAAAUUACGUUGUUGCUGUGGCCGACCAGAAUGUGUCUAUCUCGAGAACAACAAUACUCUUCUAGGUGGCAUCGAACGAGACCUCGAAACUGCGGCCAGACUUGGCCAGGCCCUCCUCAAUCGACACGAAACAUAUGUUACUGACUCACAGCUCGAACAUGAGCGACUCACCACCUACAUCAAUGAACUCGAGAAUGAGCGCACAAACCUACAGUCCACGAAUGAGAAGAUUGUCGAGGAGAACCGUCAAUUGCUCACCCGCCUGGAGACUGUCAAUACCUCUCUCAAGGACAGCGAUAGUCAUGUCAAAAGCCUCGAAGCCCUCCUCAAGGACUGCGAGGUCGAAGUUCGCAGACUCAGCAUCCUUACCCGCCGCACCGAAGAGCUAGAACUACAGAUGAUGGACAUGGAAAAGGAACGAAUGGUCUUGUCGCGCACUGUCGAGGACUCCAAUAAGGAAACGAAGAGCACCAUUAAGAGGUGGAGGGAAAGCGAGAUGAAGCUCAGACAACUCGAGAUCGAAUUACAGAAGGUCGAAUGGGAAGCCAAGCAGGAUCGAGAACGUCAUGAAGAAAUCAUUGCUCGACUGGAGAGGGAGCGAGUCCUUGAGAGAGAGCUGGGGGGCGCAGAGGCUCGUCUGAAAGGCGCCGCUGCCAUCCAAGGCAUCACCACUAAUGCAACGGGCUCCAAUGUCGUCAGCCAUUUCGUUCGCGACAUCCUUCAAGAUAAUGCUAAUCUCCAAGCCGGUAUUGCCGAAUUGCGCGAGCUUUUGCAAACUUCGAAUGAAGAAGUCCAAAACCUGAGAGAACAGAUUCUCCAGCACCAACCUGUCGACUUGGAGCCAUCUCAAACUGACGGCGCGAGAUCCCGCCCAUUGAGCGAACAGUUGUCUUGGGCUUCUCCCAAACAAGUGCAACAAGAAGUCCAUGUCCAUCACCAUUAUCACGCCAAGAUAGCAGGGAAGAAGGAUCGCACUCCUAACAUCCGCAGAGCCUCCAGAAAACGUGCUUCUAUCGGUCUGAGCAUGUUGCCCUCAACACCAGAAUCAUCUUCCCCAACGACACCGAUGGCAGGUGCGAGUCGUCUUGUCUCAAGCCCCGUCUAUCCCAUCACUCUACAACAGCCGCACCCAAGGAGGAAUCGAUGGUCGGUACAAUCGGCCGCAACUGGCACUUCUCAGAUGUCCAGUUUCCCCAGUUCUCCCAGAUCAUAUUACGAUCGCAGCAGCACCAUAUUUGAUAGGCUUGAAGCUGGUGACGAUUCUUCCCGACCAACCAGCCCCGAGUCCGCCGCCGACGACAUGAGCUCUAGGAGGCGCGAGUCCAAAUUUGAUGACGAUUUCGAUGAUGAUCUGGCCGAAAUACCCGAACGUGACUUCAACCAAAAUGAAACUGACGCAAAGCCACUGUCGCACGUCUCUGACGACGACAAGGCCGAGCAAGACCGUGUUGCUGAUAUAUGGUCAACCGAUUUGACUCCUAAACCGUCACAAAUACUGGUAGAUAAGGAUGAGGCUUCUCCGGGUAGCACCACACAUCACCCCGAGGCGAACCCGAACGAAGACCUGUCAAUACCUAGCCUCGAGGAGCGUGAACCUCCUGAUCUACCGCUUGUUCAUGAUGAGACGUCCACCAGAGAUUCGACCGAUAAUGUGGACACAGAGCCUUCAAUAUCCCUAUCGCAGCCACUUGAAGAAGAAUACGACUUCAACAACGUACUCGACAUGCACAGUCGACCGGGCCUUCGGAGGAGAGGAUCGCACGACUCGUUAGUAUCCAUAUCUGGAAUGGACAUUCACAUUGCCAAGCGCCCGUCGACGUCGACAUCACAAGCCUCGAGCCUUUUGAAAGGCAACAGAGCAUAUUUUGCAAGGUCUCCGUCUGCGGCAAGAUCCUUUUCGGCUGCGCAGCCACUUGCUACUGUGACAGAGUUUACAGCACUGAGCACGGCGAGGUCAUUAGGUACAGGAGAUGAAGGUGGUGAGAAUGCUUCGAAUGGCCCACCGCGAACACCCAGUCGGACUACCAGCAUGAGCGUAGAGGCCUUGAGUGGACUUGCGGGACUGCCGGUUCCUUCGCAGGCUCAACCUCAAGCAGCGACUGGUGGAUUCGGCCGUAUGGUUGGGGGAUGGGUUCGGAGCAAAUGGGGUGUCACGCCUGUGAAAUCGAGUGGCGAUUUGCGUGCUCAGGCUCGGGCUCAAGACGAAGCACGACCACCUCCACCCGGGGAUCCAUUGUCAAUGAUGUUUGGCAGUCGAAGCCCGGGGAUCAAUCAGCCCGGGACAAUACCUGGCUUCAGAACGAUACGGAAACCACCAUUGAAUGGUGUGGAAGUCAAGAUGAUGGACGAGGUGGGCUUGAAAGAAAUCCUUGCUGAAUCUGACCAAAGUCAUGAAUGAGCAAGGCGAGCGAACGCUUUUUGUUUUACAGAUUCAUCUCCAUGUCCCACUUUUAUGUGGAACGAUGGCUGAACAUAUCGCGUUUUUGAACAAACCAGUACAAUGAACUGCAGCGACUGAACAAAUCUUCUGGAGAGCGUUCGAUUUGUAUAGCAUGGGCCCAGGUCGCCUGAACAUAAUUUGUUAUUUAAUGCCACUCCAGGUCUGUGUAUAGAUUCCUAGUGGGACAUAAUAUAAUCAAGAGAAUACCAG